AUGUCUCUCGCACCCGCCAAGCAAGACAUCCGCGACCGCCCCGCCCUCGACGCCGUCACCGAGCCCAUGAACCGCGACCAGAAGAACGCCGACGUCGACCGCAAGCUCCACCUCUACGGCGUCGCCACCGCCCUCCGCGAGUCGCGUCUCCCCGCCAACGACCAGAUCGACGCCGCCCUCGAGUAUGCGCUCAACCACUCCCCCAUCGCGACCGACCAGCUCUCCGAGUCUGGCCAGGUCCUCAUCCAGGACACCCGCCAGGUCCUCGACACCAUGCGCGCCAUCGUCCGCGAGAAGAACGCCGACGAGCUCCUCCAGAACUUCGUCUGGCACACCCGCCAGACCGACACCGAGCGCGCCAAGAAGGACCCCAACGAGGUCAUCCCUGUCGGCCAGGACAAAGUCCAGAACGACGCCAACCAGGCCGCCCAGCACCUCCGCACCCUCGCCACCCUCGUUAUCACCAACGGCGAGGCGCGCAAGCUCAUAUCCGACUUCGGCGUCAUUGGCCGCGACCUCCUCGCGCGCGGCGCGGGCAAGGUCGCCGAGAUGUCCCGCCCCGACGAGGACGCGCUCCGUCGUGUCGACGAGCCCGGCCCCGACCACCACUUUGUUACUCAGGGUGGAAGGAACGCUGGCACUGACGAGACUCCGAUCCCCGAAGUGCAAAUCCCCGGCACUGGCCACCGCGUCGCGCAGGACCCUCGCAAUGAAGUCGGCCAAGGUACCACCAUCCAAACCGAGAGUGGCGAGCAAUACCGCGGUGACGAAGCCGCCGACAUCGCCACUCAGAGGGCGAACGCGGCCAAGGAGCGCGCUCGUUCCGAGGCUCAGGCUCAGCGCCAGGAGAUCCAGCAGAAUGUCGUCGAAGACGAUGCUGACCCGGAGGCUAAGAAGAGCCGCUUGCAGAAUAAGCUGUCCGCCGCAAAGGACAACGUGCUCGGCCGUGUUCCUCAGGAGCACAAGGACAAGGCGAAUGAGCACAAGGACCGUGCUCGCCAGUUCUUGAGCGACGAAUAUUUCCCGCCAGAGCGCCGCGACCAGCUCAUCUAUCGGUUCAAAAAGGUUGUGAUCGAGUGCCAGAACCACAAGGACUACCAGGAAGCGAUGCGUUGGCUGCUCGACACCGGCGCGGAGUACGUAGGGCACGGCCGCGUCGUGGCCGACCAUGGCAAGGACUCACACCAGCAGCUUACGUCCGACGACAACCUCCGCCAGGCGUGGUCCGAGCUCCGCACGCUCUUGGAGCGCUUUGCCAAUGGCGCGAGCCUCGACGUCAUCGCCAACGCUGUGCGCGCGUUGUACGAUGACUCGCGCAACGACGAAGGCCUCCGUCAAUGGUUCAGCGAGGUUAACGAGUUCGGUCGCCGGUGUCUCAUGGAACCGGGCUACAUCCUCGAUGACCAGGCCAACGACCGCGCGAACGAGCUCCGCGACAACGGCCGCCAGUUCUACGACGACAAGUACAACGACCACUUCAACAACCUCUGGAACAGCUUCGCGGACUGGGGCAACGCCUGGACGCAGGACCCGCUCAACCGCCGGUUCGGCCAGGACUGGCAGCGCCUCGCGAAGGACCUCCUGUUCGAUAGCGAGGGCAGCCUCAAGUACAAGCCCGAGCUCUGGCGCGACAUCCGCAACGUCGUCGUGCCCGGCCUGGUCGCGAACAUCGGUUAUGUCCCCAUCCCGCGCAUCGAGUACACGGACGACUCGCUCGACCUCGUGCUCGAGAACCUGGCGCUGUCGGGCAAGAACGUGUUCCCGAACAUCGUCAGUUUCGAGGCGCACAACUACAUGAAGUUCUCGCCGUACGAUGCCAUCAACGACGAAGGCCAUCACGAAUUCACUCUUACGCUCGGCCACAUCCAGGCCGACUUGCGCGACGUCGCCUUCUACUACCGCCGCAAGACCGGCUUCCCGAAGAUGACCGACCAGGGUCUCGCCGACGUGCUGCUCGGCGGCACCGGCCUCACCAUCACCGCGCGCCUCGCCUCGUCGCGCGACCCGACGUCCGUGUUCACGGUCAAGGACGUGCAGGUGAAGGUGGACACGCUCAAGUUCGCAGUGCGCGACUCGAAGCACGACGCACUGUACAAGGCGCUUGCACCGCUCGCGAUGAACCUCGUCAAGCGGCAGCUGCAGCGCGCGCUCGGUGGCGCGGUGCAGACCGCGCUCGAGUACGUCGACGGCGAGCUCGCGGCGGUGCGCGACCAGAUGGCGGAGGCGAAGGCGAGCGAAGACGGGAACCGCGUUCAGGUCCUGAAGGACCAGCUCGCGCAGAAGAAGCAGGCCGCCCAGGGCAAGGCGGGCGAGGCCGACAAGAAGACGGGCGAGUUCAAGGUCGUCGCGCAGCCCGGCGCGGAGCUUAUGCCUGAGCAUGGGCACCCUGAGGGGUGGGUCAAACGUGCGGGCGAGCGCGUUGCGGCGGCGAAGAGCGGCGAGGAGUGGAGGAGCGAUGCGUAUAGCGUCGUCUGA